AUGGAUCCUCACGGCAAUUCGGGUUUGGAAUUAUUCGACUUUGAUGUUCUCGAUCAAGAAGAUGAGCUUGAAGUGGAAUUAGCUCGCUAUUACGCGCAAUUCAAAGCAGCAGCCAAAGACAAGACGGAUAUUGAACUCCACAGUUACCUUCAAGAUAAGGUAUCGCAAAGCAAAAGAGAUUACAACGAGACUGUAUCGGCUUUACUAUAUGGUGCCUUGACGGAACCUCCACUGGCACGCAAGCAUUUUCAAUGCCUCAGCUUUGUGAACCGAGAUAAUUUUGCUACAAUCAUACAGAAAUUGCAUAUUUUAUCCAUCUCAUUACGGUUUUCGAGCCUAAAACUCCGUACCAAGGAACAGAUGUUUUGGAUCAUGAACGAGCUGACGAGUCUUGACGUUCCCAACAUCGAUACCUUGUACCUGUGUCUCUUUCGUCAGAUCAAAUGCGGCGAUACUGGUCAGCACAAUAUUCUCUUAGUUGAACACAUUCUCAAGUUACUGGAUACCCAUCGACGAUGGCUAUUCAUGUUGCCCCGUGUGGUUGCUACCGCUGCUUACACAUUCUUAAGACUCAUCAGUGAUCAUCGAGGGCAGCAGUGGGCGGCUUUGCAACAGAAAGAGAUUCGGUUCGUUGUAGGUCUGCUGAGAGAAAAGUGGAUGGAAUGCUGUGCGAUUGGACGAGAUUUGGUCCGUUUGCUACACGACGUGGCAGGUAUCCCCGAAAUUACCCAGUUAUGGGAUGAUAUAUUGAAUGCACCUCAAAAAAUGUCUUCGCAUUUUACGGGCAUCGAUAUGCUACUAAAGUCUGCCACCCCCAAAGAAUUUUUGCGAAGUCGCCUUACACCGGACAUGGAACAUAAACUUCUCUUUAUCCUCCAAAAUUUACGGAUCAAUGCGUAUCAACGCAAUCUUUCAUGGUUUAUCCAACGUUAUUUAUCAACGACAGAGUCUGAACCCUUUUUUGUCGAUGUUAUUCGUUAUAUCACUGCAGGUUGGUAUCCGAAUAACCAGAUAUUGCAAAGUAACAUUGUACCACGCUAUGUCAUUAUUGGCAGUAUGUUACGAGCUAUCAAGAGUCCUGUGGUUACCGCCAAUGUCAAAACAGCCCUAAUCUAUGAUUGGUUAUUCUUUACGGCUUUGGAUAAUCUGAUGUUUAUUGAACCUGCCAUGCUUUUAAUGGAACGAUCAGCUGAAAGAUACCCUCACAUCACGUCGAGCCUUGUUGAGUUUCUGAAAUUCUCAAUGGACGAAUAUUAUCCACCCAUGAGGGAAUACAUGAAGCGUUCUAUCGCCUGUGGCAUGCGUAUUAUGCUUGAGAAAGGCGUGAUCAGGAGUCUGACACCUGUUUAUAAAUGUCCAUCCGUCAACGACGAUACGCGCCUGAUCAUGAAAGAACUUUUCAGCGAUUUUCUCGAACCAGAUCAACUACCGAUACCUGGAACUUUACCUCGUAACGCUAGCACACCCCAGUCACUUCCGGCUUCAACAACAGUGGAAGUAGCAGAGCAGCCAACUGAGCAAAAACUCAGUGAUGCAGAAUUUGCAGAAAGCGAUGUCAUCGAUGGCUCGUCUAUACCACCACCAUCAGCACCGGGGACGGAUACUCGCGAACAUCUGGAAGAUGAGGACGUAGAUCGUUUUCUGUAUGGUGAUAUGGAAUCGUCAGAAGAGUCUGCACCGGUGGCAUCGGCUGACAAGGGAGAAACAACCGUGACGGACAUGGAAAUUACCCCGAAUGCGGCAAGCACAGAAAUUGCUCCGUUGCAUGAAGCUUCUGUGGAGGAUACUAUUGUGGAAGAAUCGGAACACGCGGAGCAGCAGGAAGCUUUGGCGGACAAGGCACCCGAGGUGGAAGAGGCAGUAAUGGCUGCCGAAGCAGCCAUGGAUUGGGAUGAAGAUCUUGAAGAACAUGGUGAAGAAGAAGAGGAGGUUACGCCAAGCUUACAGUCGAAUCAAUCUUAUUGGAUUUUUGGUGAUUCGCUGCAACGAUUUCAAUCGGCGUGUCUGGCUGUUAACAAGGGUCCAACCUCGGAAGACGAUGAGCAAUACGAGGUGCAACUCAUUAUCGCCAAACGUAGUCUGAAAGAGAUCCUGGCCGUCUAUCUUCGAAUGGCCAUUCCUGCUGAGACAUUAGCACCGAGUCUUGGUCCUCACAUCCGUAAUAUUGCGUCGCGAUUAUUACUGGAACAUUCGCAUGUGAAUGUAGAGAAGCACGAGUCAGUGGAUGGAAUUAUCAUGGAUAAAACCAAAGAUCCCUUUGACGUAAUCAUGGGGACGUUUUGGGAAAUCCAAGAGAACGAGCCCGUUGUUCAGAAAUUGAUUCGAUUUAUCGGCUGCAUCACCCAUAAAUACAGCAAAAGCCGGCGGCAUCUCAUAGGAAUGCGUUGGUGGUCCUAUAUCAUCAGUCGCUUAAGCUCCGAAUCCAAUGACAUGGAGAAACAACUGAUGGAUCGUCUAUCUCUUAUUGCCCGAUGUUACCAAGCUAUUGUGAUGUAUGGAUACCCUGAAAAUGCGGAUGGCAAAGACAGAAACAUGGGCGACGAUGAAUUUUUAAAGCAGUAUGUUGCAGGCGAUUUACAGUUGCUUGCGGAACUAAACAUUCAAGCAUUCUACAAGGGGUUGUCGCUGAUCAGCCAAUACCUACCAGACAGCAUCACUGAUAAUGCUCAAUUAACUCAACUUACAGAAAGUCUGAAUUUGCCCCCAACACUCGUUUUGUAA